AAGAUGGCGCUGCGCGCGCUAGUUGGAGUGAAACGUGUCAUCGACCAUGCGGCUAAGGUGUAUGUACACCCCAACAAGCGGGGCAUGAUAAAAGAAGGACAAAAGCACUCAAUUAAUCCAUUCUGUGAGAUCGCGGUGGAGGCGGCUGUCCGUCUAAAGGAACAGAAUGUUAUAAAAGAGAUCAUUGCCGUAUCUGUGGGAUGCGACAGGGCAAAAGAACAACUGCACACGGUGCUGGCCUUGGGGGCUGACAAGGCGCUGCUGAUUCGGACUGAGCUCGAGCCAGAUCAAACACUACAGCCUCUAGCCGUAGCAAAGCUCUUCAAGUCAAUCAUCGACAAAGAAAAGCCGAAUAUUGUGUUCUUAGGAAAACAAGCGAUUGACGCCGAUAGCAAUCAAGUUGGUCAGCUUUUGGCAGGGUUGCUUGGAUGGCCUCAAAUAACGUUUUGCAGCGACCUGGAGUUGCAGUGCAACAGAGAGGGAUACGUUGCGAUCGGCACUAGGGAAGUCGAUCAGGGACUCCAAAAGGUCCGAGCACCUUUGCCGUUGGUCAUUACGUGCGACCUCCGUAUGAACCAACCACGUUUUGUCUCUCUCCCCAACCUUAUCAAGGCCAGAAAAAAAACAAUUAAGCUACUGGACGCACAAGAGCUUGGCGUUGAUAUCAGCCCAAGGCUACAGAUCCUCAGAGUGGAGGAGCCGCCUGAACGAAAGAGAGGAGUCAGAGUGCACAGUGUGGACGAGUUGCUGCAAAAUUUGAGAACACAGUGUGGCGUCGACCUCUGA